AGAAGUUGUAGUAGAGCACAUAAACAAUGAUAACAGCAAAAAUAUUGUCAUUUUAAGCAAUCAGCUCCUUGAGAAUCCCAUAGAAAAUGAGGAUGAGGUGACAGUUCUACAAGAACUUUUUUCAGAAAGAACAUUGAACACCGAUAUAGUCAGCGAUCAAACAAAUCAUCCUGCUAUUGACUUAAGAAAUCUCGCCUACAGAAAUAUUUUACAACAGGCUUAGAAAAUGACUGAUCUGUCCAAUAAAAAACCUGGGUCAUUUAGUGUUGGAGAUAACGUGCUUCUAGGCAUUAGUGAAUUUGACAGAGGAAGGGGCGAUCCAGCUAACCUAAUUGGUGUGGUUAUAGCAGAAAAAGAUGGAAAAUUUAGAAUUGGUACAAAACAUGGCAUUGCGGAUAACUGGUUAGAAAAAAAUUCCCUGCAACCUACAAAAUUUAAGAGAUUAAAAUUAAGCGACGUGCCUGAUCAUGAACACAAUAUUAGAAUGCUUGUUCGUAAAAGUUCAGUGGGUUCCGGACAAGGAUAUAAAAGAUGCAAUUGCACCAAAACAUGCAACUCAAUGAGGUGCAAAUGCCUAAAAGCUGGUUUCAUGUGUAAGUCAGCUUGCCAUGCUGGAAGAAGUUGUACUAAUACUUAA